ACAAAAAGCACAAUGCUGGGUUAAAGUUGCUAAUGAAUUCAAUAAUCAGAGUGGUACAACAUGCAGGGACCAUAAAGUUCUGAAAAAAAAUAUGAGAACUUGAAGAAACGAACAAAAAAGAAGUUGGCUGACGAUCGGUGCUAUAAGUUGGGUACUGGAGGUGGACCCAUGAAAGUAGUUCAAAUAGAUGACAUCGACCAAGAAGUCAAAGAAUUAUUGGGAAGUCGUGCAGAGGGUGAAACAUCGGAAUUUGAUGGUGAUGCAGUUGUACAAGAAGAACAUCCAGAUGAUACAGAAUUGUUAGUUCUACAGACAGACGAUGACGAUUUUAUACACGAUGAGACAGAUGUGACAGAAGUGUCUGUAGAAAUUUCUUAUGCAGAUACAGAAAUGUUAAAUGAAGAGCCAAGUGUUGAUAGCCCGCAACUGCAAAAUUGGGGUAAAUAUACCAAGCAAAUGUUACAAACACCGAAAUCUGCAGCCUUGAAUGUAAAAAAUGCGUAAAUUUUUGUUGUAUUUUCUUUUACAUUAUACCAUCAAUUAAUUUUAUUUGUACAGCUUC